AUGGAAGUAACAACAAUGGAACCACAUUCUAAGUCAGUAUCUAGGCAUGACUUAGAACCUAAGCCACCCCAGACACCUAUCACCCAGCCAGAGCCUGGGCCAAAAGUGACAGCCACAACCCAGCCAGCAUCUAAGACUCAUCAGGGACCCAAUACUCAACAGGAACCGGCUCCCCAGCAAAGACCUCUCACUCAGCAGAAUCCCCUUGCCCAACAUGAAGCUGAAUCCCAGCAGAAACCUAGCAUCCAACAAAAUUCAGCUCUGCAGGAGGAACUUCUUGCCCUGCAGGAGCCUGCACCACAGCAAUCACCUCCCAUGCACCGGGUGUCCUCCUCUCAACAGGAAGUUACCUCACAACAGGGACCUGGGCCAGGAAAAGAAUCUGAAACUCAACAGGAGCCAGAACUGAGAGAGGCACAGGUUGGCCAGCCAGGAUCCAGUCCAAUGAAGCAACCUCCAGCUCAUCGAGAAGCUGGAUCAACACCUCCAGCUCAGCCUAGACCUAGACCCGAAAAUGGAUCACCUGACCAGAGUGAAUCUACAUCCCAAGAGAGACUGAGACAAUCAGACCCUAUAGCCCAGCAAAGAGCUCCAGCCCGAGGAGUGAAAUCCCAGCUGAGAUCUUCCACCGAGUGGGGAUUUCUAUCAAAACUACACCAAAUUUCCAUGCAGCGACCAGCCUCAGAGUGGAGGACGUUUUACGAGUGGGUCACAGAUUCUGACUCAGAACCAGAUGUGGGAUCUCCAUUAAAGAGCAAUUCAUCACCCAAGAGGGGUGGAACAGUGGCCAAGGGAAAGAAGCUGGCCUUCAAGGGGAAACAUGAAGGGGCAUCAGGGCAUGGGGGGACAUCAGCACAUGGGAAGAGAACUGGCAGCCAGACUCACAGAUACUACAGGGACGCAGCCUCGUGGCUCACACACAGCAUGGACCUGCGCACGAUGACCCAGUCGCUGGUGACUCUGGCGGAGGACAACAUGGCCUAUUUCUCGAGCCAGGGCCCCGGGGAAACGGCACGGCGGCUGUCGGGAGUCUUCGCAGGGAUUCGGGAGCAGGCGCUGGGGCUAGAGCCGGCCCUGGGCCGCCUGCUGAGCGUGGCACACCUCUUUGACCUGGACGCAGAGACACCGGCCAACGGGUACCGCAGCCUGGUGCACACGGCCCGCUGCUGCCUGGCACACCUGCUGCACAAGUCCCGCUACGUGGCCUCCAACCGCCGCAGCAUCUUCUUCCGCACCAGCCACAACCUGGCAGAGCUCGAGGCCUAUCUGGUUGCCCUCACCCAGCUCCGGGCCCUAGCCUACUAUGCCCAGCGCCUGCUGGCCACUAACCGGCCCGGGGGGCUCUUCUUUGAGGGUGAUGAGGGGCUCAUUGCUGAGUUCCUGCGUGAGUAUGUCACUCUGCAUAAGGGCUGCUUCUACGGCCGCUGUCUGGGCUUCCAGUUCACGCCGGCUAUCCGGCCAUUUCUGCAGACCAUCUCCAUUGGGCUGGUGUCCUUCGGGGAGCACUAUAAGCGCAAUGAAACAGGCCUUGGUGUGACUGCCAGCUCCUUCUUCACCAGCGGCCGCUUUGCCAUCGACCCAGAGCUGCGUGGGGCUGAGUUUGAGCGGAUCAUACAGAACCUAGAUGUGCACUUCUGGAAAGCCUUCUGGAAUAUCACUGAGAUUGAGGUGCUAUCGUCUCUAGCGAACAUGACAUCAGCUACUGUGAGGGUAAGCCGCCUCCUCAGUCUGCCACCAGAGGCCUUUGAAAUGCCGCUGAUUGCUGACCCCAAGUUCACGGUCACCAUCUCGCCCCCGCUGGCCCACUCGGGCCCCGGGCCGGUCCUCGUCAGGCUCAUCUCCUAUGACCUGCGUGAAGGACAGGACAGCAAGGAGCUCAGCAACCUGGUGAAGUCCGAAGGGCCCUGGAGCCUGGAGCUGCGGCCAUGCCCCCAGCAGGCACCCCGUGCACAGUCCCUGGUGGUGCACAUCCACGGCGGUGGCUUCGUGGCCCAGACCUCCAAAUCCCAUGAACCCUACCUCAAGAGCUGGGCCCAGGAGCUGGGCGUUCCCAUCCUCUCCAUCGACUACUCCCUGGCCCCCGAGGCCCCCUUCCCCCGGGCGCUGGAGGAGUGCUUCUACGCUUACUGCUGGGCUGUCAAACACUGUGCCCUCCUCGGCUCAACAGGGGAACGGAUAUGCCUCGCAGGGGACAGCGCAGGUGGGAACCUCUGCUUCACUGUGUCCCUCCGGGCAGCAGCCUACGGGGUACGGGUGCCGGAUGGCAUCAUGGCAGCUUACCCGGCCACGAUGCUACAAUCCACUGCCUCUCCCUCCCGCCUUCUGAGCCUCAUGGACCCCCUGCUGCCCCUCAGUGUGCUCACCAAGUGUGUCAGCGCCUAUGCUGGUGGAGAGACAGAGGACCCCUCCGACUCGGACCAGAAGGCACUGGGCAUGUUGGGGCUGGUGCGACGGGACACAGCCCUGCUUUUCCGGGACCUUCGCAUGGGCGCCUCCUCAUGGCUCCACUCUUUCCUGGACUUGAGUGGGAACAAGUCCCACAGGAACUCAGUGUCCACAGCAGAACCCAUGCAGCGCAGCCUGUCUGAGGCAGCCCUGGUCCAGCCUGAGGGCCCGCUGGGCACAGACUCCCUCAAGAGCCUGACACUACACGACCUGAGCCUCAAGGGCAGCUCUGACACGUCAGACACCCCAGAGCUGUCACUAUCCGCGGAGACACUUGCCCCCCCCACGCCCUCGGACAUCAACUUCUUCGUGGGCCCCGACGACGCGCCAGAAGCUAAGGCGCCGGAUGAGCUGAGCACCAAGGACAGAGGCUGUAGCGCGCGCGCCGCCUUCCCGGAGGGUUUCCACCCCAGGCGCUCCAGCCAUAGCACCACCCGGAUGCCUCUCUGCUCCUCGCCCAUCGUCAAGAACCCCUUCAUGUCGCCGCUGCUGGCUUCCGACAGCAUGCUACAGAGCCUGCCACCCGUGCACAUUGUGGCGUGCGCGCUGGACCCCAUGCUGGACGACUCGGUCAUGUUCGCGCGGAGGCUGCGCGGCCUGGGCAAGCCCGUGACGCUUCGCGUGGUGGAGGACCUGCCGCACGGCUUCCUGAGCCUGGCUGCGCUGUGCCGGGAGACGCGGCAGGCGGCUGCGCAGUGCGUGGAGUGCAUCCGCCUCAUCCUCGCCCCGCCCGCCGCGCAGCCGGUCUGAGCUCUGGCCCCAGCCGGGAGAUGGGGCUGCGGGGGGCGACACUAAAGGCCUCUUGUUCCCAUCUCAGCCGGCCUCCGUGAUGAAUGCGCCCCGGGUUGGGUGGCGGGGCUCCCCUGAGGGGCUCCCGGCUCCCUCGGGCCGAGCGGGAGGGGCAGGCUGUGCCUUAAGGUGGGAGGACGGCCAGGGGUAGGGGUGGGGGCGGGGGCCCCAAGCCGAGACCCUGGCCUAAGGGGUGGGGGUCGCACACCAACUAGUCUCCAUGGACAGCUGGAGCUGCACUCCAUCAUUGCCUUCUACUGCUGCUGUGACCGCCGCAGGGUGGGGGCCCGGCCCUACCUGGCAAGUCGGUUUGGUUUUAUUCCUUUGUAAAUAAAAGUAUUUAAUUAGUUUGGCCUCUUGCAAAUAGGGUCGGGUGUCGCCCACCAGGGGGCAGCAUCAGGCUCUGCUGCUGGGAUCCGAGAAGCCUGGCGGUAGAAAGCUGGGAGUCCAGCUUCUGAAUCCUGAGGAAGAAGGGGACUGCAGGCCCGGAUUCUUGGGUACGGAGGGACUGGACACCCCUACUAACACACACCACCUUCAGACUUAAUCCAGGUGGUGUGCCGGAGGGCUCUGGGUUCUCAGCUACUCCCCUUUGCAGACCCAGCCCCCGCACCCACCCAGAAAAGAAAACCCAUACUUCCUAGAGAACUACAGCAAACUUAACAGGGAACCAGAAACAAAACUGGCCACCCCAAAUACUGGAAGCCCAAGCUCUGCCCAGCUGUGACAGUCACUCAGUCCCUCAACCAAGACUCGGAGGUCUUGCCCUUUCGUAGGCCCUGGGUUUAGAGCAGAGAUAAUUUAUCCAGGGCCUGCCCUCAAGGGACUCAGGGGGAGAGUGGACAGAGAGACCCAGACACAGGCUGUCACAGUCCCCUCAGAUUCCAUUAGUGGUAGUCAAGGAGGGCUUCACAGAGGAGGUGAUAUGAGCUUGACCUUAAAGGAGAAGUGUAAGUUCGCUAGGCAGAAGAAACAUGCAAAGUUGUGAGAGCUACUGGGCAGUUAUCAAAGCCUCUCCCUGGCCAGAAGGUCAGGUGCAAAAUGGGAAGUAGCCUGAGGGGCCUGGAGUGGUCAGCAAGAGCAGAUCCUUCUGAAGGGCUUGGAGUGCAAUCUGGGCUGUAACUAGAGGGCAAUGGGAGCCACAGAAGGACUCUGAGCCGGGGAGGGACAGGAUCAGACCCUGAAAGGGCCUGCUGGGACAUUGGGGGAUGGACUGAAAGGGGCAAGUCCUGGAGGUAGAGAAGGCUGAGGACAGGGAUGAGGGUAGGGAGUAGGAGUAGGAGCCAUAACUGAGGUUGAAGAGGACUUACUGAGGGUAGAGCAGAUGGGGGUGAAAAUGGCACCCAGGCUAGCCACAGGAGCACAUGGACAGUGAGGCUGUGUCUUUACUGGGAAGAGGCUCUGGUGUGUACAAGGUAGGUGACAGCAUGUUUUGCACAUGGAGAGAUCAAAAGGUAUUUGUGAGACCACCCAGGGGGACAUUGAGGAGGCAGCAGGAGGCAGGAGAGCAGACUAGAUGCUCACUUCUGGCUGGAGCUAGAUUCUUUCCAGGAGGAGUGGACAGAUGGGAUGAGCAGAGGGUCAGGACAGAGAGAGUCCUGAGGGCCCCCCCCAGGAAAGGGGUGGGCAGCAAAAGGGGAGUCAGUCCUGGAGGGUUCUGAGGAGGAGCUGGAGAGAGAAGAAGCUAAGCAGGAAACAAGAGGACAUAAAGCAAAGGGGAUUUCAGGUGAGAGGGAGUGGUCUGGGUGAGAUGAGGAUGGAAAUAUCCCCAACCUCAGCAGGGAGCGGGUGGGUCCUUGGUGACUUGUCCAAAGCCAUUGCAGGGCCAGGGAUGUGGGCAGCCAGACAUGGAGGGCUGAGGAGGGAGUGAUUUGAGGAGGUAAGAGAUUUGGCCAGGGAAUACCUCAAGUCUUCAGCUAUGAAAGGGGUGAGAAAUAAUUCAAGGGAGCUUGA